AUGGCCACAGAUGAUCAAGAUAUCGAUACUUCGACGAGCGGAAAAUCAUUCGAAAUCACCAUCUAUCGACAAGCCGAGGGUGAUCCCAGCAACUGGGUACCAGUCAAAAUACCAUUCACGCCCUGGGAUGAUCCAGAUGAAUGGACUUUUCCAUCUCCCGAGAUGCCCCGAUGCUGGCCGGAGUUUCUUAAGGAAGAUCGGGUAUUGCAAGAGGCUCUCUAUAAGUCUCACCACGCCUGGCAAAAAGCGUGUUUCACGGAGGAAGAUGAAACGAAAGUGAUCCAAAUGGAGGGAGUAAGUCUGCUCUUGACUGUCAGUAUCAUUAUCCCGACGUAA